AUAGGACUCAGGUUUUAAUUUGACUUCUCUGGAAGAAGUGGUGGUGAAAACUGUUUCCUGUUUCUGUGAAAGCCUGACACAGUUCCUAUAACUCACUCGCUUCCCAACUUUCAGCUUGUCUAGCAGCAAGUUUGCAGCAUGGAACAACUCAACUCCACUGCGGUCCCCUUUAACAUCUCCUCCACUCCUGGAGAUCCAUCUCCUGCGUCCUGGGCCUCCAUCAAACUGGUCUCUGUAGUGGUGGUGUCAAUAUGCUUCCUGCUCGGAGUUCCUGGAAAUAUUGCUGUGAUCAUCCUCAAGCCAAACUGGCAGCACCUGUCCAGUCUGAGCCAGAGUCUGAUGCUGAAUUUGGCCAUAUCAGAUCUGAUCUGCCUGCUCCCCCUGCCUCUGUGGAUUUACACUUUUGUGAAAGGCUGGACCCUCGGCCUGGUGGCUUGUAAGCUUCUGGCAUAUUUCAUGUACUGCAGCCUCUAUUCUAGCCUCCUGACAGUGACAGUGCUGAGUGUCCAGCGCUACCUACAGGUGGUGCACCUGCAGAAAAUCUUCGACCGGGUUGGAAAGAGGAGGCUUCUGGUUCUGCUCUGGCUGGUUACCAUGAUCCUGUCUAUCCCUGCUUUAGUGGUUCGACAUGUGAUCAAAGACCAGCAUGGGACAGACUGCCACUUCCAGUACUCUUCCCAGUCCCAGCAGGUGGCCGUGAUGCUGACAGAGACCCUGACCGGAUUUGUUGCAAUUUCUGUCGUGGCAUUUUCAUACAUGGGCCUCCACAGAAAAGUGAACCAGGCAGCUUUCUUCCACAACCCACAGACCACCCGGCUGGUCACAAGUAUCAUUGUGACCUUUUUUGUUCUAUGGAUGCCAUAUCAUAUCACGAAUGUACUUGGUGUGGCAGCAAUUUCACUCAAAAAUGAAAGAUUUUUGAAGUUUUGCAUGGACAGCUGGUACACUGUUUCAGCAUUGGUGUUUGUUAUCAGCUGCCUGAAUCCACUUCUUUAUGCGUUUGCUUCUAAAAACAUGUGCACUAUGUGCGGAGAAAGGGAACAUUAGUGCUGUUGAUAAUGCAAAGAUGCCGAUAUUAGAGUAGCCUCUCACCAAACUGUCAAGUUAUUUUGUAUAUAUUGAUUGUUGUGUUUUUAUUUAGGUCUUAAUGUGUGCACAUGUAAAAAUGUGUCU